AUGAUAAUUCAUACAGGACAAAAACCAUUUGUCUGUUCUCAAUGUGGUAAAAGAUUUGGACAAAACAGCCACCUGAACGAACACAUGAGAAUUCAUACAGGACAAAAACCAUUUGUCUGUUCCGAGUGUGGUAAAAGAUUUGGACUGAAGCGCAACCUAACCACACACAUGAUAAUUCAUACAGGGCAAAAGCCAUUUGUCUGUUCUGAAUGUGGUCAUAGAUUUGGAGUAGGGAGCUCCCUGAACACACACAUGAUAAUUCAUACAGGGCAAAAACCAUUUGUCUGUUCCGAGUGUGGUCAAAGAUUUGGACUGAAGAGCUCACUGAACACACACAUGUUAAUUCAUACAGGGCAAAAACCAUUUGUCUGUUCCAAGUGUGGUCAAAGAUUUGGACUGAAGAGCUCCCUGAACACACACAUGAUAAUUCAUACAGGGCAAAAAACAUUUGUCUGUUCUGAGUGUGGUAAAAGAUUUAGACAAAAGAGCUAUCUGAACGAACACAUGAUACUUCACACCGGACAAAAAGCAUUUGUCUGUUCUGAGUGUGGUAAAAGAUUUGGACGAAAGAGCAACCUGAACAGACACAUGAUAAUUCAUACAGGGCAAAAGCCAUUUGUCUGUUCUGAAUGUGGUAAAAGAUUUGGACGAAAGAGCAAGCUGAACACACACAUGAUAAUUCAUACAGGGCAAAAGCCAUUUGUCUGUUCUGAAUGUGGUAAAAGAUUUGGACAAAAGAGCUAUCUGAACGAACACAUGAUACUUCACACCGGACAAAAAGCAUUUGUCUGUUCUGAGUGUGGUAAAAGAUUUGGACGAAAGAGCAACCUGAACACACACAUGAUAACUCAUACAGGGCAAAAAGCAUUUGUUUGUUCUGAGUGUGGUAAAAGAUUUGGACUUAAGGGCAAUUUGAAAAGACACAUGAUAAUUCAUACAGAACAAAAAACACUUCUCGGAUGUGGAAAUACAAGUGAUGCAACAAAUUGGGCAUAUGAUCAGGGACGGCACCUGAGCUCUGGCACCACCUCGAAAUGACUGUCCUCAGAAAACACAAAUCCGACAAAAAACACCAGACCAAGCCAGCGUCUCACACCAGAGAAGAAGUAGGAGUCAAACCCAAACCCAACACAAUAGGAGUCAAACACCACAGCAACAAAAAAGGUAUCAGACACUGCACCUCCAAAAAACAAGCCAUACACUCCCCCCCCCCCCCCCCCAAAAAAAAAAAACAAAAAACGAGCCAUUCACCAGCUCAUCCACAAAACAACAUACAGGUGCACACUAGAGGGUGACAUGGGAGUAGAUUUUCACUCCUGUCCUGUCCCACUCCCACAGAAAAAUUCCUGUCCCAUCCCAUUCC